GGAGCCGCCACCUCCAGGCGAACGCGGAAGUAAAGCCUCGCGCGCCCCCAUGGAGACGCUCCUGCAGCAGCUGGAGCAUUUCUCGCAGGUGCUGGCCGUGGCCCGCACUACUCACGUCAGCUCCUGGGACGCGCCGACCGUGCGCAGGGCUUUUCAGUGGGCUCGCUAUCUGCGCCACGUCCACGGACGCUUUGGCCACCAAGUCCGCAUCCGCCCCGUGCUGGAGCGGCGGCUGCGAAGCCAGUGGAAGCGGGAGGGCAGCUUCGACCCGGCUCUGGUUCCGGGGCUGACGAACUUCCAGGCCUUGGGACGCUGCGACCUCCUGUUGUCUCUGCGCCUGCUGGAGAACCCGGCCCUCGGGGAUGCCGCCUAUCACUGCCUGCUGCGGCAGCUCUUCCCCGGGCCUGGCGACCGGGGCAGUGACGAGGAGACGCUCCAGGACAGCCUGGCCCGCCUCGUCCGCCGCCGGGCCGCCGUGUGCUUGCUGCGCCGCAGCGGGUGUGGGGAGAGCCCGGCCCUUCAGGACUCCCUGACGAGGACCCAGGCGGAGCUGCUGCUGGAGCGUCUGCGGGAGGUGCGGGCGGCGGACGCGCAGGGCCCCAGCAGGUUUCUCAGCAGCCUGUGGGAGCGCUUGCCGCGGGACAGCUUUCUGAAAGUUAUAGCGGCCGCUCUGUUGCUGCCGCCAUCUCCCCGGCCCCAAGAAGAGGAAUUGGAACUGGGCGACCCCAAAAUCUCUGGAGAGGGGGCUCAAGAGUUGGUCCAUUGGCUUCUGGGGAAGUCUGAUAUCGUGACGACCGUUUGCCGCAACCUCCCAGUCGGGCUCUUAACUUCAGUGGCCGGCUGCCACCCAGACUUCUCCCGGGCCUAUCUAGCCCUCCUAACAGACUGGGGUCGACUCCUGCAAUACGACCUUCAGAAAGGCAUUUGGGUUGGAGUAGAGUCCCAAGAUGUCUCCUGGGAGGAGUUGUUUGGAAGGUUUCAAAGCCUCUGUCAGGCCCCUCCACCUCUGAGAGAUCAAGCUGUGAAGGCCCUGGAGUCCUGCAAGGCACAGGAUGGAGAUUUUGAAGUUCCUGGUGUUAGCAUCUGGACAGACCUGUUGUUAGCUCUGGGGAGUGGUGCAUAAAAUUGCGUUUAGCCAAAGACAAACAGCCAAAGACAAACAUUUUAGAUCUCAGCUCCCAUUUUCUAUGGACAAUGUUCUGAUAACUUGAAUAUAUGAUUUAUAAAAUUAAAAUUCCAGUUUUCUCACCAAAUCUCUGCUUCUGUGUGUCCAAGUACAAUAAUUUUAGGGUUUUAUUUUUUUAAGAUUUAGUUAUUCAUACAAGAACUUGGGUGUAGGCCAGAAGUGGGUGGGGGUGUGUGAGGAUUCACCAGAGACAGUGGGGAGCAGAACAGGCAGCCUUACUGAAAUACACGGUUGAGGGGUGCAGCUGGCGAGCCAGGGGAGGUCUAUGCUGCAGUGGCUGGUUAUGAUAGCUUGAUAGCGCUGAGACUUAACCCCUAUGCCACCAGGGAGGCCCUAUUUUAGGUAUUAAUAUUGAGGGGUUUAUUAUACAAUUAUAAAUAUAGUCACUGGCUUCUAGCAUCAUGAACUUUCUGGACAGAGGAGGUAACACUGAAAUUAUCCUACUUA